AUGGCGGGGGCCACCGCCACCGGGACCCGCCGCCGUCACCUUCAGCCGCCCCCCGGUGACGUCACGGGGAGCGCCGGCGGCGCGGUAGUGACGUCACGAGAGAGGCCGGCCCAGGGUAGGUUUGGGGCGGGGCCGGAGCGGGGGGCGCGGUCACAGGGCGGGCUCGCGGCGCCGGGGGGGCGUGGCCUGGCUGUUGGCGCGCCGGCACGUGCCCCGCGCCCGGCCCGGUGGGGAGAAGGAGCAGGAGCGGGCGGGAUGUUCUUUCUCUUCCGCGGCCCGCAGCGGCGCGGCACCGGCAGCCCCGCGCCCCCCGCCUGCCGGGGCACCCCCCGGCGCCACGGCCCCGGCCGGAGAGGGGCCCGCGGCUCCCGGCCGGCCCCUCGGCUCAGGGGUCCCGGCUCCGCCGGCACUGCGGGCAGCCGGGGCAGAUUAAGCCGUAGUGGUGCGUCCCCCGUGGAGCUUCAGCGGGCUGCCCAGGAGCCGGAGCCCCGGCCGCCCCCCGCUUUUGGGCAGGAUGGGAAGCCGCGCUCGGGCGCUCCAGGCUCCGGCGCAGGGGACCCUGAGGACGUGCUGGACGCGGCGCAGACCCCCCCGAUGCAGGGAUACUCGGUGCUGCAGGGGCUGGUGGGGCCGGCCUGCAUCUUCCUGCGGCAGAGCAUCGCCAUCACCCAACGGGACCGGGAGCUGCGGCCCGAGGAGAUCGAAGAGCUGAAGCAGGCGUUCCGGGAGUUCGACAAGGACCACGACGGCUACAUCAGCUACAAGGACCUGGGCGAGUGCAUGCGGACCAUGGGCUACAUGCCCACGGAGAUGGAGCUCAUCGAGCUGUCCCAGCAGAUCACCGGGGGCAAGGUGGAUUUUGAUGAUUUCGUGGAGCUGAUGGGCCCCAAGAUGCUGGCGGAGACGGCGGAUAUGAUUGGGAUCAAGGAGCUGCGUGACGCCUUCCGUGAGUUUGACAGCAAUGGGGACGGACAGAUCAGCAUGGCGGAGCUGCGGGAGGCCAUGCGCAAGCUCCUGGGGCAGCAGCUCAACUAUCGGGAGGUGGAUGAGAUCCUCAAGGACGUGGAUCUCAAUGGCGACGGCCUGGUGGACUUCGAAGAGUUUGUGCGGAUGAUGUCGCGCUGAGGGCGGCGUGUGCCAACGCGGGACCCGAGCCCCCCGUGCCUUACGAAGA